CAUCUCGCGGAAAGGAUCCCCCCUUGAUAAUCUUUUAUGUGUGUAUCCGGCUGUUCCGGAGUUUGGCCGGACCAUACAACCUCAUCACCCGCAGUGAAGAGACCAUGGUGAACGUACUGUGGGAAGAGAACAGGGCCCACUUCGAUGGACACCUCUUCCCUGGACUUCUCCUGUUCAUCCUGGGCAGCUGGUGGUGUUUUGGCAUCUGGCGGUUCUACUUCCUCGGUCGGAAGCGGUUUCGGUCCUCGGCUAGCUUUCCCAUUCCCUGGUACUCCCACAAGCUGUGCUUCGAAGGAUGGGCAAAGAUAACCUUCGCCUUCAUCGGCAUCGCGGGCGAGGCGUACUCUGGCCUCGGCAAGGGUCACUUCGCGCUCUUCAAUAACCUUCAACAUAUCAUCAUGUACGCUGCCUUCGCGAUCGCUGGCGUCGCGGACAUCCUCACGAACCGAAGAUAUCCUCUUCCGCCGCAGACCGACUACAUGGCUCUCCUUGUGGCUGUCCUUGUGGAAGUGUUCCUCUUCAGCUUCCACCUGCACGGGAGAUCCCCGCUGGACGUCAUGGUGCACAAACUGCUCAUUUACAGCGCCGUCGCCGAAGCCGUUUUCGUCCUCCUGGAGAUGAGGAACACGCAGACCGCGGUACUCGCUCUGGGAAGAGCGUUCUGGGCAAUCCUCCACGGCGCCUGGUUUAUUCAUAUCGCAUUCAUGCUGUUCUACUCUUCGACGAAGAUUACUUCCUGGAUAUCAAGUGAGGAUGAUCAGCUGACGAUGGUGACAGCCAUGUUUGGGUGGUUUAUGAUAAGCGUGCUGGUUUACGUUGCUGUUAUCGGGUGCCUGUUCAGAUGGUACGCGUCAGCUCGCGGACUCGAACAAGGAGCCCAUGAAGAGCGGUACAAGCUGAUCAGGAACGACGAAGUCGGUGGAUCAGGUGACGCGGCGGAGCUGGAGAGGUUCAACGACACAGAUUGAAUGUGAGCGGGUUUUGUGUCUCAGGCCGCGCAGACAUCACCCGUGGGAGGGUGAAAUAAAAAGUGGUUAGUU